AUGCUGACCACAGAAUUCACAAAGUUACUGAACAUCCAACAUCCGGUUGUCCUGGCCGGGAUGGGACAAACCGCGGGUGGAAAGCUCGCAGCGGCUGUCUCCAAUGCAGGAGGAUUGGGAGUGAUUGGUGGCGUCAACUACACGCCUCAGAUGCUUCGAGACAAGAUACAAGAGCUCAAGGACCAUCUGAGAGAUCCUUCGCUACCCUUCGGGAUCGAUCUAUUGCUACCUCAAGUUGGCGGCUCUGCAAGGAAGACAAAUAAAGAUUACACCAAAGGAAGCCUUGACACGCUGGUUGAGAUCAUGAUAGAAUCCGGUGUGAGAUUGUUUGUGUCGGCGGUUGGUAUCCCACCAAAACGAGUGGUAGACAGGUUGCACGAAGCCGGCAUCCUUUAUAUGAAUAUGGUCGGGCAUCCCAAGCAUGUCCACAAGGCCUGUGCGAUAGGGGCAGACAUUAUUUGCGCUCAAGGUGGAGAGGCCGGUGGCCACACCGGGGAUAUCCCCUUCAGCGUUCUUGUCCCAGCUUGCGUCGAUGUUUGCAAGACUUACACUUCGCCAAUCACCGGAAAAAGUCCCCUUCUGAUAGCUGGAGGCGGUGUUGCGGACGGGCGAGGACUAGCCGCUGCUCUGAUGCUUGGUGCCAGCGCUGUCUGGGUCGGGACCCGAUUCGUGACCGCGGAGGAGUCUGAAGCGCCUGAACAAGCUAAAGAAAGUAUUAUUCAAGCCGGAUUUGAUGACACUGUCCGAACUACCAUCUUCACCGGUCGACCACUUCGCACCCAUGCUACGCCUUACAUUAGGCAAUUUGAGCAUGAAAGGCAGGACGAAAUCCGGGAUUUAACAUCCAAGGGUAUCAUCCCCGUCGAACAUGACCUGGACAGGCUUGAGGCAGCUGGGAAACUGACAGCUGAAAUUGAGGAUGAAGCGGUUUUGAGGUGA